AUGAGUUGCCUCGCUACCCGCUCUGUUUUGCCUCUCGGCCGCCGUCUCAUCACUAGCCGCGCUCGCCUUAGUACCGCCGCGCUUGGCUCACUCGACAUUGGAUCCGGCAAUGGCAUGUCCAUGCCGCCUGGUUUCAAUAUCGACGUCGCUCGCCAGCCCAACAAGCAGCCUAGGAUCCAAUCACCGAGCAGGAUCGCUACCGUCGCCGACAAAAUCCAUGCUCGCGAUGAUUUGGGCAAGACCAUGCCACCCAGUUUCAAUGCCCAAGUCGCCCACCUCGACACCUUUGAACUCCCAGAGAAGAUCACAGGCUCUGCUAGCGACCGCGCACUUGGCAAGGCCAUCAUUGACACUUGGCGCUACGAGGGAAUCAUCCAAAUCGCCCAGAGCGAUCUGCAGAAGAAGCUAUGGAACGACGCCAAGGCCGCCAGCAAGCGUUUCUUCCGGAAGCCUGCGGCCGAGAAGGCGGCUUGUGUGGACUCGCAGAGUUAUGCCGGCUAUAUUGCAUCCGGCGAGGAGGUGACGGACGGCAUCGCUGACUACUCGGAGAUUUUCACCAUCACCAAGGAUCUCGACCUGGAGGAGCCGCGCGUCCGGGCAAAGUGGCCCUGCCACGGCCCUUGCCCCUGGCCUGAUGUGGAAAUGAAGGAGCCCAUGAUGCGAUACGUCGACAACCUAGGGCUCGAGGGCGAGAAGAUCCUCCAGUUGGCCGAGUUUGGUCUGGGUGUUGCUCCCGGUACACUCACACAGUACACCCGUGAUGGUUGGCAUCAUACAAGGGUCCUUCGUUUCCCACCCCGCAACGCUACCAACGGAAAGGGCAAGGAAGGCCGAGGCAUCGGCUCGCACACGGAUUACGGCCUGCUCGUCAUCGCCGCUCAGGACGACGUUGGUGGUCUCUUCAUCCGCCGCCCUCGGGACGACGAGAAGUUUGCAAACUGGCAGAAAUCCGCCGCCGGCCAUAAGGAGGACGCAGACGGGUGGUUCUACAUCCCGCCCGUUGAAGGGGUGCACACAGUCAUCCUUGGCGAUAUGAUGCAGUACCUGACGAACAACUACCUGACUGCGACGCCGCACAAGGUGGGACUCAAUACUCGCGAGCGUUUCGUUAUGGCUUACUUCCAUGAGCCUUCCUUCCAAGCUGUCAUCAAGCCUAUCAACGAGGGUUGCGGUGGCAUGCGGACCGCCCCUGAGCAGACCGAGGAGGGCGUCCAUUACGGCACCCACUUCACCAACAUGUUCAUGCGCAACUAUCCAGAUCGCAUCACCACCAAGAGGCUGUUGGCAGAGAACCGCUACGCGAAGCUGUCGAAGCCGGAGUUGAGGACCUUGGAUGUCAUGCCCGCGCCUGAGCUCGAUUGA